UCGGAGGGGAUUUUAAAGUUACCGCUGCACACCGAGGGACGUGAUAGGCUGACGCCGAGGAAGAAAGGAGCUGCUGGGACUCGGCAGCUCAGCAGUGCCGCUGGAGAGCUUCUUACUCGACGACCGCAGCAGGCUCCGGCGAGAGAAGUAGUCGCGGGGAGACAACAACAGAGAAAGGAGGACGUUUUUACUUUCUAUUCGUUAUUAAUCUUAUUUAUUGUUUGCGAGUGGGAGACGAGCAUGCAACUUUGGUGACCAUCACCCCCUUGACGAUGGUGAAAGAACCGGGACCGAGCCUCCAGCAGCCGAAGGGAACUUAUUGUUGUUGUGCGAUUGUUUUGGCUAUGUUACCCCCUCCUGUGAGUUCGGGAUCGGCCGUGCACCCUUGAAGAUUCUCCCUUUUUCCAUGCAACACAAUCGAAGGAUAAACAUCAAGGAAGGAUUGUGCUUUUAAAAAGAAGAGUUUUGCCUUCCCUUUGCAGAGAGCCGGGGAUUUAAAUCGACAUUCGCUGUGUGCUCAGCAAAGAAAGACAUUCAUGUGGCCAUUCUCUCUUUAGCCAAACAUUUUCUUGGGGGAAAAUUUGCAUAAUGACCAAGGAAAGACCUAAAAGGAAUAUCAUACAGAAGAAAUACGACGACAGCGAUGGGAUCCCGUGGUCGGAGGAGCGCCUGAUGCGAAAGGUGCUUUACCUCUCCCUGAAGGAGUUCAGGAGUGCACAGAAACGGCAGCUGGAUGGCGAUGGGACCACAAACCAAAAUGGCUCCUUAGCCAACGGGCAGCUAAAUGGAUCCGGGUCAUUGGGCAGCCACAAAGAUGGCUCUUCCGGCCUGGACGAGAGCAGCGAGUUCUGCGAGGAUGGCCCGGCUAAGAAGAGACCUCGGCUGCAGGCUCAGAGGAAGUUCGCCCAGUCGCAGCCCAACUCGCCCAGCACCACCCCCAUCAAGGUGGCCGAACCCAGCGGCUGCAGCGGCGGCGGCCCAAAUGCUGGCCAGACCACCUUGCCCUCCUCCUCUUCCCUCUUGUCGCUCGUCGCCUCCUCCUCCUUGUCCUCCUCUAUCCAGGACCUGUCUCGACGCAAACCCAAGACAGAGGACUUCCUCACCUUCCUCUGCCUCAGAGGUUCGCCCGCCCUGCCCAACAACAUGGCCUACUUCGGCAGCUCUCAGGAGGAGGAGGAGGACCUGGGGGAGGAAGAGGAGGAGGUGGUGAGGAGCGGCGGCAGUGGCGUUCACCCGCAUGGCGCUUCUUCGCAAGCUUUCGCCUCUUCCUCCUCGUGUCACUCCACCCCACGCAAGGGGAAGCCUCCCACGCGGCUCAACGGCCACGUCUUCAACAACCACGGCAAAGCGUCAACGAGAGAGAGCCCGAGGCCCAAGGCGCCGCCACCGCCGCCGCCACCGCCUCCUCCACCUCCGUCGCCCCUCCUGAGGGAGCGCAGCGAGCGUGCGGAGGCGAGGGAGCACGUGAGGAUGCUGCAGGCCAUGGCCAGCGCUCGCGACGCCACCAACGGGCUGUCGACGAGAAGAGCGGCUGAGGAGCUACGCAAGCAGGUCUCCAGAGUGAACGGGCUGACUCGGCUGAGCGCCAUGCAAGCUGCCAACGGCACCAAGAGGGGCCGCGACUUCCGCCUGCCGUCCAAAACUGUGAAGAAGUACACAGCCUCCGUGUCCAAGGGCCACGUGACCUACACCAAAGCCAAGCAGAGAGAACUGGGCAAGAAAACCAAACUCAGCAGCAGCAGCAAACACACGAGCGCCUCGUCUGCAAACAAUCACAAUCAGCACAGCCAGCCAGCAGCCAGCAACGGACUGGCCCACUCAGGAAAAGCAGCGGCGUCAUCAGCCUACCACAGCAAUGCAAAAACACGCAAACAGGUGCUACUAUCAUCCAACAGGCUGCACAGGGGCGCCUGCCUCAACAGGAGGCUAAACGGCCAGCGGCACAACACCCCGGCCAAGGAAGACUGCCACAGACAAUGCCCGCAGGGCCAGGGCGACUUCCAAGGGCGGGAGGGGCUGCGUAACUCCAAGCGGCGCCUGGAGGUGGCGCUCCACCCAGUCGGGGAGCAGAAGGCCAAAACCGCAGAGCCCAAGAAGGCCAAGCUUCAGGCCACGCCCCUGGAGACCCGCAGCAGUAAGAAGGUGGCCGCCCCCAUGCAGACCGCCACCGCCCCCACUCCACUUUCUAACGGACAUGUUUCCCAACUGCCCCCUCCUCCCAAAACGACUCCCCCAGUGCUCCCGUCCCCAACGCCCCUCCCUCAACAAUCUUCUACACCAGCAGCCACCGCCGUUGAGUCGGUCAACCAGCGGCCCAAGCGGGCGUCGGCCGGCAAGCUGAUGUUGAUCCGCCAAGCACAGCAGCAACUGAGCAGGUCUCACGGCCGCAGCGCCGCCUCUUCCUCGCCGUCGUCAGGCCACAAUCACUCCCACAGCCCCAGUCGCUCCAGCACUACCUCAGACCCCCGGCAAAGCUCCGCCUCCCCGCUCGCCAGCAACUCGGGACAGCUCAGGCCGGCGGCGCCUCGGCCGGCCGACCGCGACAAGGAGUGGGAGCGCGAGAAGGAGCUGGCGCGGCAGAAGGAGCGCGAGCAGGAGAAGGAAUGGGAGCGCCAGCGGAGCAGGCCCGAUGGCUGGGCGGCGCUGGGGGAGGUGCCCGUCUUCCUGCCGGCGCCGCGCGAGUUCCAGGACCCGCUGGUGUACUUGGACGCUGUGCGGGAACAGGCCGAGGCCGCCGGCAUGUGCCGCGUUGUGCCGCCGGCCGACUGGCGGCCCGAGUGCAAGCUGAGCGAGGAGAUGCGCUUUGUCACGACUGUACAGAGGGUCCACAUGCUGGGGCGGCGCUGGGGGCCCAAUGUGCAGCGGCUGGCCUGCAUCCGAAAACACCUCAAAUCUCAGGGCAUUACCAUGGACGACACGCCUGUCAUUGGUGGUUGUGAAGUGGACCUGGCGCGCUUUUUCCAGCUCAUCAACGACAUGGGCGGCAUGCAGCAGGUGAUGGACCUGAAGAAGUGGACCAAGCUGGCCGACCUCCUCCGCAUCCCCAAGUCGGCGCAGGACCGCCUGGCCAAGCUGCAGGAGGCCUACCUGCAGUACCUCCUCUCCUACGACUCGCUAGGUGCCGAGGAGCGCCUCCGGCUGCAGGCGGAGGUGCUGCAGGAGAAGAGGCGGCUUGAGUUGCGCCGAGGGCCUCUGGAGGGCCUCUCAGACUCCACGGCGCCCAGCGCGCUGGCGUUGCCGCGCUACGAGCCCAAGAACGGGCUGGUGGGCGGCGUGGUGGGCGGGGGGGGGACGGUGGCGGCGGGUCACCACCGCACCAACGGAGUGUAUCAACAUCUGAAGGAGCUGGAGGCUCAGGUCAAAGCGGGCCGGCGCCGGCUCUUUGCUCAGGAAAAACACGGCAGAGAGGACAGGGAGGAAGAGGAGAAGGACAACAAUGGCGUCCUCAGCGAACAGCACAAGUGUAUUUACAAGGGGAAGUCUGUGUCUCUGACCAACUUCUUCAGGAUAGCACGCAACACCAUGACCAUGUGCUUCAACAAGGAGCCCAGUGCUGCUGAGGUGGAGCAAGAGUACUGGCGCAUCGUGGAGCAGAGGGACGGCCACGUGGCCGUGCAUUGCGGGAAGGUGGACACCAGCACGCACGGAAGCGGAUUCCCCACCGGGAAGUCUGAGCCAUUUUCAAAACACGGAUGGAACCUCACUGUCCUCCCCAAUAACUCUGGGUCCAUCCUGAGGCAUCUCGGUGCCGUGCCAGGGGUCACCAUUCCCUGGCUGAACGUCGGCAUGGUCUUUUCUACCUCAUGCUGGUCUCGAGACCAAAAUCGCCUUCCAUAUAUUGAUUACCUACACACUGGUGCUGAUUGCAUUUGGUAUUCUGUCCCUGCUGAGGAGAAGUCCAAGCUGGACAAGGUGGUCCAUACACUGCUGCAGGCCAACGGGACCCCAGGACUAGAAAUGUUGGAGAAGAACAUCAUGAUUUCUCCAGAGGUGCUGUGCCGUGAGGGCAUUAAGGUUCACCGCACGGUCCAGCGGAGCGGGCAGUUUGUGGUCUGCUUUCCCGGUGCCUUCGUGUCCAAAGUGUGCUGUGGCUACAGCGUGUCCGAGACGGUGCACUUUGCUACGCCACACUGGAUGAACCUGGGAUACCAGGCUGCAAAGGACCUGAAGUGUCGCCGCAUAGCCAAACCUUUCUCCAUGGAGAAGCUGCUCUACCAGAUCGCCACGACCGAGUCCAAGCGGGACAACGGCCUCCUCCUCACCACCAUCUCCGCCCUUCUCAAAGACCUCAGGAACAUAGAGAUGCGCCAGCGGCAGGAACUCUACAAGGCGGGCCUCCUCUCCUCGGCCCGCUACGGCACCCACGACGGCGGCGUGGGGGUGGCGGCGGGCGAGGGGCGCAAGAAGCCCCGCGGCAAGUGGAUGGCGCUAGAGUCGUCGGAGAGACGUUGUCAGAUCUGCCAGGACCUCUGCUACUUGUCAAUGGUGGUCCAGGAGACGGACAACGUGGUCUUCUGUCUGGAGUGUGCACUGCGCUACGUGGAGAAACACAAGUCCUGCAGAGGCCUCAAGAUGAUGUAUCGCUAUGACGAGGAGCAAAUCAACAACUUGGUGAACCAGGUGUGUGGGCGGGCCAUGUUGAAGGGUGGGGGCGGAGUCAUUAUGGGAACGGUGGGGGGCGAUGGGUGUCACGCCAUCGGCCCGUCAGCCAAAACCUCGCCGGCCAAGCGGGCGCCCCGAAAGCGCGGCGCCAUGGAGGUGUCGCUGGCACGCCUCUCCUCCAGUCACAUGCCCAAGGCCGCCGCCGUGUCCUGAGGGGACAGCAACCCACCCCCAGCCCCUCCCUUUUUUUUUUUUUUUUUAAACAGAAUCACCCUCCCAAAAUAAUGAUCACAUGAACAUGAAAGAAAGCAAGAUGUCUUUUUGCACUAGUGUGAAAGAUUUUUUUUCUAGAAAUUCACCCCCAUCUAUUUUUUUGCCCUCCCCCCAACUGAAAUGACUGAAAAGGCUGCUUGUUUAUUUUUUAUUUUUCUUCCCAGGAGACAAACAUGACAUCAAGUAAAGACCCAAAGUUUUUUAGCUUGUUUUUUUCCCCCCACACGCUGCAGCUCCUUGCAUUAUCACUUUGGCACGGGGGGGGGCUUUUGUUGUAGCGACGUGAGGUAAAAAAAAACAAACUUGAAAGACAACGUUUUGCUGUUGUUGGUUGCCAUUUUCCUCAUUCAUCCUCAUCUCCCUCUUUUUUUUUUUUUUUACAACACUUUCAUCUUUCUUUUGACGUGUUUUGUUUUGAGGGGGUGGGGGCAGCUUAACGGCUGCUUGACUUUCCCGGUGGAAACUGUGCCUGAUACUCAGCGAGCAGAUCCGCCUUAUUUUGGUGCUUGUGAUAUUACUGUAUAAGCAUACAUUUGAAAAACUAAAUAAAUCAUGCGGGGGGGAGCUGGUGUUUUAGCGCUAGCCGCCAUCGCUAGCUCGCUUUUUAAUUAUUUUUUUUUGGCGUUUUCUGGUUGGAGAAGUGCAAUCAUGUUAACAUUCCAUUCUUCCAGUCCUCUUGUUUCAUCUGUACCAGUCAACAUUAAUUAUUAUGAUUAUGAUUGUGUGUGUUUUGUUACUUUAUCAAGUAGAGCCACUAGUUUCUAAUGUGAAAUAUUCUUUUAUGACUGUUUUUCCUCCCUUUUUGGAUGAUUGCUUUUGGUUUUUUAAGAAAGGAACCUUUUUGUACAUAAUUCUGUACAUUUCUUUACAUACUUGAGCCUUUUCAGUAGAAAAGGUGGGGAUGGGGGGGCGCUAGGGACGAGAGGAAGGAAAGAAGUGAGGAAAGGAAGGGUGAUGAUGAUGAUGAAGAAAAAGCCUUACAUUUUUCCCUUUCUUCAUCCGUGUGACGCGGACAGGGUCGCUCCGGUGUACAGAAAUAAAACUUAAGUGCUGCUUAUAUGACUAAGAAAUAAGAUGACUGCCCCCCCAGCCAGCCUAGUUUUCUUUGUUUAGCUUUACUUUUUUCAAGAAAAGGGGAAAAAAAAGCGGAGAGAAAAAGAGACGUUGAGAAGGUGGUAGCUACUCGUGUUGCACUGACCUUGCCAGGGGUGACUGUCAAGGACAAAUCCUCGCAAUCCACUUUGUGGUCCCGCCCAGACUGAAACUCUGUUGGGACAAUUUAAGGAGUCGCCCCCACGUCGGCCGUUUUCAACAUGACAGACACACACACACACACGCACACACACACACACGUGGUUGUCAAGUUUUUAUGGCCUUAAGGUUUGAUUUUUGUUAUUUUCCGGCUCCUUUGGGUUUUCUUUCCUUUUCCUUUUUUCUACAAGUCAAAGUGCUCGCUGACAAGCGAGUUUCUUAAUUUAUUGGUGCCGCCACCCGCGAAGAGUCUCAUGUUGGUUACACACUUUUUUUACUUUUUUGCAGUUUGUACUUUUAAGGUUGGAAAAAAAAAUAAAAAGUUGCCGACAAUUCACUGUCAACACUUUGCAA